AUGUCUUCAUCUACUUUCAUGGACACAAAGGAUGUAACAUCUAUGACAUACGACCAAAGCCUCAAAGAAUUCUCGGCUCAUUUGCCAACUGAAAUCAUCUUGCUAAUUCUUAUCCAUCUCGAUCACCGUACUUUUCUCUCCGCCACGCUAACCUGUCGACGGUGGUAUUUGCUAGCAAAACGAUAUCAGCAAUAUCUCUGGCGACACUUAGCAUUACGAGACUACUCCUUUACGGCUGCGCGUGGUCUAUGGAAACUCGGCUUCUUAAAAGAUCGCGAGCUUCGCCUGUGCUUUCCUCGGUCUGCGACUGUAGCUGGCAACAAAAAGCAAGCAGUCGUUUGUAAAGGCGGAGAUAGUCAAUUACUGAAUGUUACGGCUUCCGGCAGGAGCUAUCAAAAAGUCUCAUCAGAAAAAACAACUCAGCAAUAUUCACCCGUCACUUCUGGAUCCAGAUUAAAUGAGAAUGUUUUUUCUGUUCUUGACAAUCAGACUGUAUCCACAUCGGAUCAGAAAGGCAAACAGCGAGCAAACGAAUCAAUAGAGACUAACGAUCAAGGACAGGAAAAUAUCAUGAAUCCGGACCAAGAUAACUCUAAAAAUAAUGAAGAUAAUGUUGAAGAACAACGACUGGAUCAUUACGAGGAGAACUGGAAGGCGCUCUACCAAUUGACUAGCAACUGGUAUCAAGGGCGUGCCAAGGGCUAUUGUCCACUCGUGCUGCCUUCAAUUACCACACUUUCUUCAGCAACACAGGCACUUUCAGGAAAUAUCUCUCACUCAUCUAUUAGCUCAGUGCCCGCUGGAUCAUCCUCUGAAUCAACCUCUACAUACAACGCAAUAAAGCUCCAGUACUAUCGUAGAUUGUCAACCCCAGCGCAACGAGGCAUUUAUAGAAUUUUAAAGAAAAGAAAGCCAUCAGCUGUAGUAGGCUUGCAACAUGAAGGAUCAGCACUGACAGCACUAAGUUUAGCAAGGUAUCCGAAGCGGAGUUUGAUACCAAACAGGAUUUGUACAGCGGUUACUGUAUGUGGCUCUGAAAUAGCGCUGAUUAGGUCCAACCCUCAUUACCGUGAGAAGCGCACAACUGCCCAUCAACAAAACCCUAUAUUUCCUGCAACAGAUACCAAUGGACCCCAUACAAUAGGAGGGCAUGUUCAUAGUGCUGGAUGGCAACGACCCAAUAUUAUGGCUCAAGACCCUCUCGAACAUGAUCGCGUCGUCUUUGCGCUUCGUCAUGACAGAAAUUCUGAUGGGAUAUUAGAUACAUCAUUAACAACAAACCCACUAGAGGUGCAGGCACCACUCAGUCAACAGCAGCAUGUAAUAUAUCAUGAAGCUGUUGCGCCGACAGGAUCAUCGGAUUUACCGCCUGUUACAAACUCGUCAAGUGCUGAGCCCGCAAAUGAUAUCCUUUGCCAUUAUUCGUCGCCCCUUCAUUCCCUUCUUGUCACAGGACAUAUGGAUGGUAGCGUAAGGCUCUGGGAUAUGGCAAUUCAAGAUCCUGAGCAACAAUGCAUUCGACAUUGGCAAACUGGAGGACGGCGCCGAGUGCUUUGUGUUGGAAUGAAUUCUAAAGUGGUGGUCUGCGGCAAUGCAGACUCUACGCUCUGCGUUUGGGAUAUACACCCAGGGCCGGGUUCAUCGUCUUCUUCAUAUGGUACUAUACAUUCUGCCUCCUAUAUUGCCUCAACAGCUCCCCCUGGGUUGGAUUAUUGGGUUUCUGGUAUUGAACAUAUAUGUGUCGGCGAUUCUCUGGUGGCAUGUUCCACAGAAUUUUCUGGAUCAGUGCUUGUAUUUUCUUUGGCAACAGGAAGCCUGGUUUAUGAGAUCCCAGGACUAUAUCAACCUUCGAAAAUGUGUAUGACAGAUUUUUUUUUGCUGACAGGCGGCCGUGGAGCAUGGAGCCAAGGAGAAAGAGCGCGAGGUCGUGGCCAGUAUCAACAGCAGCAACAAACAACAGCUCAACGAUCCCAUCUGCGAGACGCCUGGAAUGAUUUAGACCAGCGUUCACACCGAGAUGUUUCCUCAAUAGAAGAAGAUGAGCAUAUGAGUUGUUGCAUCAACGUCUGGGAUCUAAGGACGGGCGAAAGACUCUAUUCACUGAUCCCACGUUUACCGACACAGAACCUGUACCGGGCUGGAAACAUUGCAUCGAUCCUAGAGAACCUACAACUGGAGGACACUGUUAAAAGGUGCAACAGGAAAUCGAAAGUUUCGAGUUAUGGAAGACAUAUCCAAACUACAACACACGCGUCAGAUAUGUCAGUUGGUCAGCACAACCGCUUUACACCCACAGAUACCUGGGAUUCUCGUAACCUUGAGGAGUCAACUCAUUUAAAUGACAGUGGUGACCAUGCUGCCUCUAGUUCAAGCAGCCCUGCAGAUGACUCGGCGAUAGCGGGUCAACAGGUUUGUGAAUCCCUCAGGGCUAGAACGCGGCCGUCGCAAUCAUCUGUGUCUCCGUCAACUUCCAUAUCAGUACCACUAACACUGUUAGACAUUGCAGUCACAGCCGAUCAUUCGACACUCGUGGCUACGCUCUGUGAACGGUCUGGUGAGGGCAGAGAAGGCGUGUAUUGUUGGGAUUUUAGCGGAAGCCGUCUGGAAGGCUAUCAUGAACAAGGGUCAGAGAUACUAACCGCUAUCAUGGAAGAAGGCUGUGAUAGCGAUGACACUAGGAAAGAGUAUGAUAAAGGAAAAGGGAUAUCGGAGUAUCCUGACGAUGACAGUGCAAUCAAAGAAAGUAAUGAGGAUGACCUUUACAGCUUUAGUGAUGAUGAAGUGAACAAUAACAUGAUCAUGCAACAAGUUGACUCGAGCACGUUGCGUAGCCUACAUCAAGCUCGUAUCACUGGGAAGAUUUGGAUCGGCUGGAAGAUGGAUGAGCGUGAGUUUCAAGAGCGACAAGCAGCAUACCAUAAGCAGAAAAGAAAAGAAUCUAAAAAAACAAGCGAAUGCGCUCCAGAGAGCUAA